CCGACAGCAGUGUGAGGUAGUGAGCAAGUAAGCUGUGAGAGUGAGACGCACGCGCUCUAGACGGACUUGCACAUGUUUUGACGUUUGAAUCCAAACAACUCUUGAUUUUUUACCUUAUGACUUUCCUUCGUUUGUUGUAUUAUUUGUUUAGUGGUCUAUUGGAAAAAUUGCGGUGAAGUGACUCGAUAGUUUUUCCUUGUAGGGCGCAAGAUAAAAUAUACAAGAUAUAUUUAGUGCCGAGUUUAUUUAGAUAUCAAGAUGCUGCAGCAAAUCCUACGCGACAUGUACGUUGACCCAGAGAUUCUAGCGGAGCUAGAUGAAGAUCAGAGGCAGACUCUGUUUUGCAAGAUGCGCGAAGAGCAGGUGAGACGGUGGAAGAGUUGGAAUGACAGACUGGCUGAUGAUAUGGUCAAAGAAACGAAAGGAAAUAAAAAGAAAGUUGAUUUUUUACUGGGAGUUGAUGGACAACCUUGGGUGUGGGUUAUGGGUGAACACGGAGACGACAAAUCCAUAGAAGAUAUUUUAAGAGAAGAAGCGGCUGAAGAGGCGAGAAUAUUAGCGGAAAAAGAGACUGAAAAACUGAGAGAAGAGGUGAAAAAGGAAAUGAAAGCUCAAUUGAUAGAAGACUACGUAGACCUAACUCAUAAGAUAGAAGAAAAUUUGCCUAAGCUAAGAAUAGAGGAUGACAUGGAUAUAUACUGCUCCGUAGAAGAGAUACAGGCUAAAAUACACUCAAAGCCACAAAAAAACAUCAAUAACUACACCAUGAAUGCCAUGAACAAAAAAUUUAAUGAAACUCCCGAAUUCAUCAACACUCAAAAAGUUGCGCAGAAGGUGGCCUUAUGGGAGCAGAAACUUCUGACGGACAAAACAACUGAAAUCUUCCAAAAAAUACAGAAGAAACAUCAGCAGGUUGCUAAAGAGGCAGAAGAAGAAGAAAAGAGGAAAGAACAGGUUUGGCAGGAACAAGAGAGAAAAGCAAAACAAGCGGAGCAACAAAUAAGGGAAAUAGCAAGAAGGGCGCGAGAAGAACACAAAUUGAACACAACUUUUCUAAUUGACACUAACUACAGUACCAAUAACUCUGAAGUGCCUCCUGGAAGACAAGCCGUAAUAGAUUGGUACAAAAGUAACGAAAAAGAACGGUUGGCAGGGUUAGAUUCUUCUAAUAACGUUAUGCCAUGGUUUCACGGUCUCAUAACGAGGCAAGAAGCUGAGUCACUCCUUUUGGACCAACGGUGUGGUACUUUCCUGGUGCGACUGACCGAAAGGGUCUGGGGCUAUGCCAUAUCCUACAGAGCGCAAGAAAAAUGCAAGCAUUAUUUAGCGAACGCAGUGCCAAAAUACAGUUUUGUAGGAAAUAACCAAAAAGAACACGAAACGUUAAAUCAAAUGAUUUCAUUCCAUAAGACUUAUCCCUUAACUGGAGGAGAGACUCUGCAAUACCCCUGUCCAAGAUCAUCGACGAACGCCAUUGAUGAACUGUUCAACGAAUAACAACCAACAUAUACGUAUUUUUAGAAAAGCCCUGUGAUUUUUGUUGGUAUUUAAGUAGACAUUUUUUAGUUAUUUUUUAGUCAUUUCGAUAUAAUCAAUUUGUAAACGUAUAGAUCUCCACGAGUGGAUUUAGGACGUAACGAAGAAAGCCUUGAAUUCAUUUUUUGUAUGAAUUUGAAAGAUGCAAUCAAAACUGUUAUACAAUCCACGUCAGAAAAAACGGGAAACCCAUAAAAAUUAACAAAUUUUUUAUCUUUUCAGAUUUUUCUUAUUUAUAUCAAAUUAAAUCUAUUAUUUAUUGAGUCAGUUACUCAUGUAGCAUAUAACCCGACAUUAUCAUUAGACAAAUGGAAAACAAAGAAAUAUUUGAAAACAUUACAGUUACAAUUAUAAAAAUAAUUGAAUUAUAGACCCAAGAAAAAGGCAAAUAUUACUCGUUUCAAUAAUAUGUGUUGCCACCAUGGUUCUAGAUGACACUCAUCAUUCUAUUUGGCCUAUAACUGAUCACGUUUUGGAUGUUUUUUUUUUGGUCCAUUCCUCAAUGAGAACCAUUCGAAGCUGUUCACAUGUUAUUGGAGUAGGUACACGAUUGUAAAAAGGUCCCGGCUAGCUCAGCCGGUAGAGCAUGAGACUCUUAAUCUCAGGGUCGUGGGUUCCGGCCCCACGUUGAGCGCCAGUGAAACGAAUGGGACUACCCCAGCUAAUUGAAAUAAUAUUCGAAAAUAUUACCUCAAUCAUCGAAGAUUGCCAUCGCUACACACCUGAGAGACUGAGCUAAGCUAAGGGUGUAGCGAUGGCUAUCUUGGAUGAUUGAGGUAAUAUUUUCGAAUAUUAUUUCAAUUAGCUCGGGUAGUCCAUCGCCUUUAUUCGUUUCACGAUGUCUUACAUACCUUUUGAGAAGGCUCCAUAUAUACUCAAUAGGAUUAAAAUCUGGAAUUUUUGAAGGCCUGUCCAUUUUUGGAAUACCGACAUCUUCGAGAUACUGUGUUACAAUCCUUGCUGUGUGUCAUCUCGCAUUAUCUUGUAUUAGCAGAAAACCAUUGCGAAUAAACCUAGCAUAUGGUAUCACAUGAUGCCAUCCUCUCAAUCACGAUGAGAUCUGUAUUUGCCUUAAAAGAAAUCCUUGUCUAAAAUAUUACUGAGCCACCACCAAAAGUUUGACACUCGGUGCGACCGAGUGCAGGUCUCCAGCGUAACGUUCUCCAGCCUUCUGUAGACCUUAUUUCCAUCAUUUUUACCAUAAAUUGAUAUUCUACACUCAUCUGCGAACAGUACUUUUCUCCAAUCCUCUAACGUGUUCACGGGCAAAUGCAAGUCUGCGUCUUUUGUGAGCAGUAUUGGCCCUGUUUCUGAAUUGCAAGCUAUCAAAUCCUGUUCUCUUAACCUCUGUCGAACAAUAGACACGCUGAUUACUGGUCCUUGGGAUUGUUGAAUAUGCCUUCGGAAAUUUCUAACAAUUUGCGCCCAGUGUCGCAAUGUAGCAAUAGUGAGAAAGCGAUCUUCUCUGACUGUUGUCUUCUAUUUGUCACCUGUACCGGAGCGCCGUUAAUGAGAUCAGGUCUCAAGAAAUCGUUGGUAAAUUUUGCAUAGUUUAACGACUAAAAUUUAAUUGUCUUGGCACAUCCUUUUGGCUUGUUUCAUGUUCGAGCAAUAUAACAAUCUGAGCUGAACAGAUAUGUAUGUAUGUAUCGGUUUUAGAACGUCUUUCGACGUUGUCCGAUGCCUAACUUCCACGUCCUUCUAUCAUCCCAUUGGCCAUCUCUAAGAUCCCUUGCACUCAUUGCUUUGGUUACCCCUUCUUUCCAUGUCUUUUUAUGUCUUCCUCGUUUUUUGCGGUUUGGUGGUACCCACUGCAUGAUCUUUUUGGUCAAUCUUGUGUCUUCCAUUCUUUGAACAUGACCAUACCAAAUCAACUGUUUCCUCUCAAUGUCUGUUGUUAAGUAGCCAUCUAUUCCAAUUCGUCGUCUUACUUCCUCAUUUCGAACUCUUUCCCUACGGGAUAUACCUAACGAUCUUCUAAACACAUCCAUUUCUACAGCUUUUAAUUUUUUCCUGUUGUUCUCGGUUAUUCUCCAAGUUUCUACUCCGUAAAGUAGGCUGCUUUUAAUAAGUGUUUCAUAGAUAUUGUAUUUUCGCUGUAUUCCUAUUUCCGAGCUCCAAAGUAUUCCAUUUAGGCAGCCAAUUGUUCUUCUAGCUUGUGUUACCCUUUUCUUUAUUUCCUCAUCGUCUUUUCCCGUUCUAUGGAAGAUUACUCCCAGGUACGUGUAUUCAUUACAGGAUGUGAUUUGUUGAUUAUCCUCUAGUUCGAUAUUGGAUAGCUCAGCUCCUAUGGGUAGGUAUUUAGUUUUUUCCACAUUAAUUUCCAAGCCCCACUGUUCAUAUUCCUCCUUUAGUUUUCUUGCCAUAUACUGUCUUUAUCAUUAGCUAUGAUCACUUGGUCAUCAGCAAAUUGUAAGGUAUAUAAUAAACAAACCUCUCCGAGGUCUAUACCCAUACCGUGGCAUUUACGUUUCCACUGGUUUAGUGCUUUUACAACAUAUAUCUUGAACAAAGUUGGUGAAAUACAGCAGCCCUGGCGCAGACCCUUGUUAACUAUGAACUUUUUAGAUAGCGUGUUGCCAAUUUUUACUUGUGAUGUAGAAUUUUUAUAUAGAUUUUUUAAGGCUUUGACUAGAGUGUAGCUGAUGUUAGUUUCUUGUAGUGAUUUCCACAAUUUAGUCACAGGAACGCUGUCGUAUGCUUUACGGAGGUCAACAAACAUGAACAGAUAUAUUUCCAUUUAUUAAGAAAUACACUUCACUGUAAAAAGGCCAGGGAGGGUAACACUAAGAUAUCUCAGAAACUCUUUAGAACACUACAAUAGUUCACACAGUUCUCAAAAUCAUCAAUUUCGCGAAGCUUCCUUGAUUCGUAAAUCAGGAAUUCAGGCCACGUUUGUUCUUCUCUAAGUGCCAUCUGCGCGACGAAGGUUGGCAAUCAUCAUGGCAAUUUUGUCCUUCGAGGCAGCUGCUCUGAACAGUUGCCUUGAGCUGCAACCAAACCGUUCUCUCAGGUUCUUCAACCAGGAAACGCGUCUCCUUCCCUCUAUUUUUCCUUGAAUUAUGAGGCUCAAGUUGUAUCUUUCGCCUCUCAUCACAUGUUCGAGAUAUUGCCAUUUCCUUUCUUUUAUUGUGCUUUCAAUUUCUCUUUCUCUGCCUAUUUUUCUUAAUACGUUUGUUACUGAAUUUAAGUAACAUAAAACAAAUUAAAAGAAAAUAGAGAAAUAUAAAAAAAAUAUAAAUUCUCUAAAUUUUGUGGAUCGCCCGUUUUCUCUGACGCGGGGUGUAAAAUAAAUAAUUAUAGUUAAGUUUUUCUUUUUAUUUAUUUAACCAGUAAAUAUGUGUUUUUUAAAUAAGAUAUCUUGCAACUGACUUCUGUAUUUUCUAUUUGAUGAUUGAUUGUCGUUUUAUACAGUUUAUACGAAGAAUAAUUUAAUGUUAAAUAACCAGAAGAAGAAAGUGGUGUUGCAUAUUAUUACAUUUCUUACUUUGCGAUUUCUCCUUUUUAUCCAUUUAUUUCCCCAUUAUUUAAUUUUAUAUUAUUACAUUUUAUUCUUUCAAUAUUUUCGUAAUUAUUAAGGGUGAUUUUUACAUGUACAUAGUUGCAUUCUUCCUUCCUUCAUUCUUUAUCUAUCUAUCUUUCUACUUCUUCCCUUGAUUUAUUUAUUUGUCUUAUGGCAUACAAUAAGAACACAAUUAAAAACAAUAGAAAACGUUAACUGGAAUAUUACAAAAGAACAUCUAAUGGAUCAAUAUAUCUAAAACAAAAAUGUAUAAACAUUUUCAAUUUCUUUGCAACACGAAAAUGCAGCAGCUGCAUAAUACUCUGGUUAAAGCGGAGAGUGCAGGAAGAGUCUAUACAGGUUUAGGAGGUUUUUUCCUCCUCAUCAGUAGUGCUAUAUCCUCUUCUCUCCGAUUUCCCCAGGUCUCAUACUUUGGACGUUUCCGAAUUGCAAAGAACGAAAUGUCACGGAUGUACUAGAGCCAUCUACCCAAAAACAAAGUAAGUUAUCAAUCGAAGUAGCACAGAAAACGACAAUAAAUAUCGUUCCCAUAUACCACCAGAUUGAUAACAAGUGGAAUACUUUCUUUGGUUACAGCCUCCCGAGAUUUUCAAAAAUUAUAAAUCAUACAGGAUGCCGAGGAAAUUAAGAUGAGAGAAUUUUAAAUAAUUCACAACCCAUCUGCUCAGUGUGGUAAAAGUUCCAAGACGAAAGAUUCCUUAGUACUCAACAAAAAAGUAAAUGAAUUAAAAUGUAUAAGGUACAUUCCAUGUCAAAUCACUCAGGCUAAAAAUUUUGGAUCUCCGAUUUGUCUGAAAAUUGGUAUAUAGCUUCUGCGGGACGUAAAAAUAAGAUAUUUAAGGUCAAAAAAUCUUCUUCUUCUUUUUUCUCAAAAUGUUAUUUUAUGCGGUUUUACAGUGAUUUGGUGUUUAUUUAAACAGAUUUGCAUUUUCUGUCGUAAAUUAUCAAUGAAAACAUAAUAUUUUAAUAGAAAGGACUCAAGAAUGGGUGCGUUCGGACGACCAUAGCGGCUGGCUGGCAGCAGAAAUCGGCUGAGUGGUUGCAUCCAGCCGUGAUAGGGAAAGCUUAGUAAAUCUCUCAGCGGCUGGCUUCCAGCGGUGACGUCUGACAGCUACUGCUGGCUCAGCUGUCCAGCCGCUGUGGUCGUCCGAACGCACCCAUUUUCAUUAUAUGGCAUUAUAACAAGUUAUUUUGAAUCAAAACAAGUUUUUGAUCAAAUUGUAUAGUGUAAUAAACGUUAAUAUACCGUUUUUUUACAUUUUCCUCCAUUCCCAAAAUACUUCAUCAUCGAUUUGGCUGAAAAUUUGUCCACAGAUAGCCAAAUGAUAGGACUUUAAGUGGUUAGAAGGAUUUGAAUUAUAUUACAAUACCAAAAAAGGUACAUGCAGUAAUAUCAGACUCAAAAGUAUAUAUUAGUCCAGUCGGAAUAGCAUUUGACCUUGAAUGCCGAGCUGCCCUAAAUUUUAUUUUUCUGAUCUUUAGGGGAGUCAAUAGUAGCCUAAAUUUAAAAUCACGAAUGAAUUCCUCCGUUACGUUAGCCGCCAUCUUGAUUUUAAAGGAGAACUUGUUUUGCUCAAUAUCUCCGCCAUUUUUAACUUUUCGACAAAAAUGGUAGGAACUGAAAUUGUUCCAAAUAAAUCGUAUUUACAAUUAUUACAAUUUCUUUUUAAAAAUUUUUGUCGUGAGGUCGAUAUUUUCGAGUUAAUUGUACUUACAGUAGACGCCUAUAUUUUUGACUAUAAUAUUGCAUGUAACUUUUUUGGUAUUGUAAUAUAAUUCAAAUCCUUCUCACCGCUUAAAGUUCUACGUUUUGUCUAUCUGUAGGCAAAUUUUCAGCCAAAUCGAUUAUGAUGUAUUUUGGGAAUGGAGAGAAAUGUAAAAAACGGUAUUUUAACGUUUUCUACACUAUAAAAUUUGAUCAAAAGCUUGUUUUGAAUCAAAGUAACUUAUUAUAAUGCCAUAUAAUGACAUUUUUGAGUCCCUUCUAUUAAAAUAUUAUGUUUUCCAUUGAUACUUUACGAUAGAAAAUGCAAAUUUGUAUAAAUAAACACCAAAUCACUGUAAAAUCGCAUAAAAUAACAUUUUGAGAAAAAAAGAAGAAGAAGAUUUUUUGACCUUAAAUAUCUUAUUUUUACGUCCCGCAAAAGCUAUAUACCAAUUUUCAGACAAAUCGGAGGUCCAAAAUUUUUUUUGCUCCAAAUUUGAGUGAAAUGACCCAUAAACAUUUUCAAUUUCUUUGCAACACGAAAAUGCAGCAGCUGCAUAAUACUCUGGUUAAAUCGGAGAGUGCAGGAAGAGUAUAUACCGGUUUCGGAGGUUUUUUCCUCCUGAUCAGUAGUCCCAUAUCCUCUUAUCUCCGAUUUCGGAUAUGGGACUACUGAUGAGGAGGAAAAAAACCUCCGAAACCGGUAUAGACUCUUCCUGCACUCUCCGAUUUAACCAGAGUAUUAUGCAGCUGCUGCAUUUUCGUGUUGCAAAGAAAUUGAAAAUGUUUAUACAUUUUAAUUCACUUACUCUUUUGUUGAGUACUAAGGAAUCUUUCUUGUUGGAUCUUUUACCACGCUGAGCAGAUGGGUUGUGAAUUAUUUAAAAUUAUCUCAUCUUAAUUUCCUCGGCAUCCUGUAUGAUUUAUAAUUUUUUAAAAUCUCGGGAGGUUGUAACCAAAGAAAGUAUUCCAUCUGUUGUCAAUCUGGUGGUAUAUGAGAACGAUAUUUAUUGUUGUUUCCUGUGCUACUUCGAUUGAUAACUUACUUUAUAUCUAAAACAUUUUCGGUGUCAUUCAGAAACUAAUCAAACUCCAGGGAACCCUCAUCUAGGGUAUUCUUCUCCAAUAUGACGGACAGUCGUUGUGCACCAAAGUCACACUCAGGAGUAAGGGCUUUUCCCCAUCUUUUAAAGCUGUCAGCACAUCUACCGUUGCUUGUUCUUUUUAUGUUCAGCCUUGUCCAUGUAUUCCGGGGCAGUUUCUGGUCAAUACAGGCCGUUUGGUGUAAUUCCUCUGGUGAGUCGCUCUUCCAUCGUCUUCUCCAGGCGUUGAUGAGAUUGAAAUUUUCCUGAUGUAUGGAGGGGGCAUUUAACAAUUUAUUUUGAUAUCAAGCUUGUCAUGAUGGAUAAGUGGUUGAUCACUAGCCUUGAUUUUUCUAUAUUCUUUGAGAAGGGAAUGAUUUCUUUGUAGUUUUGAUGGUGGGAUGUGACUCGGAAUGGGAAGCCAAUAGUUCGGAGUGAGUCAGUCUAAUAUGUAUCUGAGAUCAUUCGUAUUUUUUUGAUUUAAUUGGAUGUCAAUAAUCUUCGUGUGUUUGCUAUUGAGACAUACCGGGGAAGCUGCCGAGUAUACAAGUCUGAGAGCGGGUGAUCUGAGUACGGGGUUAAGGAAGCCCCCAUGUGGUGCUCCAUAUCUUUUGGAUUAUGUUAUUUCACGUUUUUAGUUUUGCUGCCGUUCUUUGUAGGUGUUCUUUAAAACCCAAAGUUCUGUCAAAGAGUUUUACCGAUUACACGUUACCAGUUAAAGAUUGUAUUGAGCACAUACUGAGCAGACGUAUUUUCAUCACGAACUUAUGAAACACUUAUUUUCUAAAACAUGUACCUACAUUCAAUCGUGUAAUAUGUAAGUAUCAGAAAGAGUAAAUAGAAAGAUAAGUUGCGUGGAUAAUACAAACAAAAAGACUUAACUAUAAUAAAAUUAAGAUGUUGAUAUGUAAAAGUUGAAAUAUUUUUGUAUUUCUGUUAUAUAUAGGAAGAUAUAGAGUCUAUAGAACUUAGUGAUCUACAGAAUUUCAUUCGCUUGGUAGUUUCAAAGUUGUUUCAAUUUCUAGGGUCAAAAAAUACAAUUUUUAAAAUGGUAUAUGUAGUUAAUAUAGUAGAAAUAGAAAAUGAAACGAAUUUGUUUACUUUUGAUGUCUAAUGCGUAUUGAGCUCUUCGUCAUCAUCAUUUAGCCUCAAAAGUCCACUGCUGAACAUUCUACUCUUUCUAGCUUUCUACUCCGUAGAGGAGGACACUAAAGACGUAACAUCUAAGAAUUCUUAUCCGUAUAUUGAUAGUUAGAGAUAGAUUACAGAUAAUCUUCCUAAGACUGUUAAUAGAGCUUCUGGCCUUUUCAAUACGAAGUUUUCAUUCGUAGCUACGAUUAAAGUAUCCUUAUAGUCCUUGGGCUCACAUAUAAAAUUAUUAUUUAUGACCACACCGUCGAAACUUUUUAUACUUGUUAAUUGGGUGGAGUCGGACAAAUUUGGAGCUUGGCGCAUUAUGGUAGUGGGGCGUUUGUCUGUCAAGCUGUCACGAAGUUGUCAAUUUUAUGCAAGAAAAAAAUGUAUAACCACAUUGGUCAUUUUAUUGUAAUCAAUGGUUUUUAUCAUAUAAACAGCGAAAACAAUUUUGUCGGACAAAAAUUUUGGGCCAUAUGACGCGUCGGACACGCUAAAUAUGUCAAAUUUAUGAAAAUAAUAAAUUUAUUACCACAUGGCUAAUUUUAACAGAAUCUACCAUAAAACCUUUUUACAAUAAUGUAGUAACCUUGUCGGACAAUUUUCACGGGGCAUAUGCGCAGUCGGAUGCGCCGGAGAUGUCAAUUUCCUGGAUUUUUUUUAUUUACAACCAUUUUUCCGACAAAAAUAGGAGGUUAUAAGUAAUUAUAUUCUAAAUCAAAAAAUCUAAGUGUUCGACUAAAAUAUUGGGGCAAAUCGACAGUCGGACAAAAAAUUUAAUUUUUAUUAGUAAUCUAUUGGGUAAUCUAUUAGUAAUCUAUACUUUUAAACUAUAUUGGGUUCGUGCAUCCAGCACGAGUAGUAGUAGGUUACAAGUAAUUAUAUUCUUAAACAAAAAAUGUAAUUGUCUGACAAAAAUGUUGGGGCAAACGAACAGAAAACUUAAUUCUUUUAGGAUAUCGACACCCUUAAGAGGAGGCAUUGUCAAAAUUAUUUUUUAUACAGUUUUUCUCAGUUAAUUUUAAAUCGAUUUAGCUGAAAAUUGGUACACACACUAAGUACAACAUUUAAAAGGGCAUGACAUAGAGAUGUACCCAAAAUUUUCCAAAAAAUUUUCCGACAAGAGGGAAAAUUUUGGAAAAAUUUGAACUGAAAAUUUGUGUACAUACUCCUUGAACAAUGAAAAACAUCGUUCCGUAGUUUCUUUUCUUGAAUUUUCAAAAAAAAUUCCGACAAAAGGGAAAAUUUCGGAAAAUUUUUUACCCAUUAUUUUUGUCCGACAAGUGAUCCAAUUUGUAUUACACAUGUAAAAAAACAGUACAAAAUAAAAAUGACAUCUGUGGUACUAAAUAAAAAAAUUCCAGGAAAUUGACAUCUUCGGCGCAUCCGACUGCGCAUAUGCCCCGUGAAAAUUGUCCGACAAAGUUACCACAUUGUAAAAAUGUUUUAUGAUAGAUUAUGUUAAAAUUAGCCAAUGUGGUAAUAAAUUUAUUAUUUUCAUUAAUUUGACAUAUUUGGCAUGUCCGACAAUAUUUUUGUCCGACAAAAUUGUUUUCGUUGUUUAUAUGAUAAAAACCAUUGAAAACCAUGUGGUUAUAAAUUUUUUUCUUGCAUAAAAUUGACAGCUUUGUGACAGCUUGACAGACAAACGCCCCACUGCUACCAUAAUGCGCCAAGCUCCAAAUUUGUCUGACUCCACCCAAAUAACAAGUAUAAAAAGUUUCGACGGUGUGGUUAUAAAUAAUAAUUUUAUAUGUGGGCCCAAGGACUAUUAAUGUUGCAGCCCAAAUAGCAUAUUUUUUCCACUAUUUCUAACGGUGUAUCGCUUAUUGUAAUUUGGGCGUUUAUGUUAGUGUUUUACUAAUGAUCAUUAUGUUUGUCUUCUUACAAUCUAGUUUUAUAUUGUUAGGCCGUACUUGUUACAUGUUUCUACAUCAUCCGUUAUCCUUUGUAGCCCAUGCGCACUAUCUGCCGGCAAUACUGUAUCAUCUGCAUAAUAUCUAAUAUUGUUUAUAAGUUGGCCAUUUACUGCAAUGCCAUCUUUUGAUUCGUCCAAGGCCUCUCUAAAGAUGUUUUUAGAGUAUCUGUUAAAUAAUGCUGGUGACAGUAUGCAACACAGUCUUCUUUUUCCGACUGUGAAGAUCUUGGAUAGUGAAUUUUCAAAUCGAACUGUUGCUUUUUGUUGGAAAUAUAAGUUUGAGAUCAGUCUUAUAUCCUUACCAUCGAGUCCUGAUAUAUUUAGAAUACCGAUUAGUUUCCUACGUGGGACUUUAUCAAAUGCCUUCUCAAAAUCAAUGAAACAUACAUACACAUCUCAGUUGACAUCCCUGGCUCUCUGUAUUAGAACUUGUAAACUCAAAAGUGCUUCCAGCAAGUACUCACAAGUUGCUAGAACAAGCUUCCAGCAAGUACUCAGCAAGAACAAGCUUGCUAUCACAAGAGUGAUAGCAAGGAGUACUUUAAGUACAUGUCAAUUGUGUAAAUUAUUAAAGAUUGUAUAAAAAUUAUUGCAAAAUCUCCUUUAACCAUAGAAAUUGAAAUUAACUCUUGAACCUCAACAUUCUACAUUAUCUACAUAAGAAAGUAGUAAAUGUCGACUGAUUUUUUUAUAAUUCUUGUAGGAUUUUAAACCAAUAAGACGCUCGACUAUAGAUAUUGUAUAAAAAACUAUUACAAACUAAAAAUGAAGUAUUUAUUAUACGCUUUUCAACAUAUUGUAUGAUGUUUGUGCUUUAAUAAAUAAAAACAGUAAUAGUGAAAUA